UUCUUCUUCAAAAUCCAAAUUGUGAGAAAGAGAAGAGAGGAAAAAGCGAUUAUCAGUUCUAAAAGAUUCCGAUCUCAGCAACUAUGCUUCUCCCGCAUCGUUCCAUCGUAACGCGAUCGGUUUGGUCUUCCAAUCUCGAAUCGGAGUUUCAACUCAUUCGCUCCGUCAUCGAAACACACCCUCGCAUAUCCAUGGACACUGAAUUUCCCGGUGUCGUUAUCCGCUCCGACCCCGGUUUUCGGCAAAGGGAAAACAACUAUGCCGUACUGAAAGCCAACGUGGACCGUCUGAACCUGAUCCAAGUCGGUCUUACGCUCUCGAACCGCGACGGAAACCUCCCAAACCUCGGAACCGACGACCUCUUUAUAUGGGAGUUCAAUUUCCGCGACUUCGACGUCGCGCGUGACCCCCAUGCGCCGGACUCCAUCGAGCUACUUCGCCGGCAGGGCAUUGAUUUCGAAAAGAACCGCGAAAACGGUGUCGACACGGCGCGUUUCGCUGAACUGAUGAUGUCGUCGGGGCUGGUGUGCAACGACGCCGUUUGGUGGGUCACUUUUCACAGCGCUUACGACUUCGGGUACCUUGUGAAAGCGUUGACACAGAGCCCGUUGCCGGAGAAUGUGCAAGAAUUUCUGAGACUCGUUAGGGUUUUCUUUGGGAACAGGGUAUUUGACGUGAAGCAUUUGAUGCGGUUCUGCUCGAACCUCUAUGGGGGUUUGGACCGGCUUUCCCAGUCUUUGAAUGUGGACCGUGUCGUUGGGAAGAGCCACCAAGCAGGUUCUGAUAGCUUGCUUACUCUCCAUGCUUUUGAGAAGAUAAGAGAAGUUUACUUUGACAAUGAAAGCAGUGACAGUAUUGUGAAAUACGCUGGUGUUUUAUAUGGCUUAGAGAUUGUCUAGUGUAGAUUUCUUUGUUUCAUAUUUGGAGGUUCUCUGAUUAUAUUUUCUAUAUAAUCUGAACAAGUGUACACACCUGGUUAUUAAUGAGAUAAGGUUUUACCAAUUCUUUGAAUUUGUUCUGUAUCCUUUCUACUCUUUUUUGUAUGUUUUGUUUCUUUUACUGUAGAUUAUCUAAAUAGGUUGGAAACUAAUGCUCAGCAGGUGAAUUUCUGGGAAUAGGAGUUUUGAAAUUAGUGAAUCUAACGAAUUUGUAGAAAAAUUUUGGUUGGACUGCUAGAUGUGUAAAAUAAGAUUUCCCAAGAGAUUUCUUCUGACAAUAGCUUCAAUGGAAGCUCCAAGACUGUAUUGAUGUUUAUUACAUCUUCUGUAAAUUUGUUAUUAAGGGUGUAUGGAAUGAUGUGAU